CCAAGCUGCCAUUGAUUAAUCAGCCUCGGACGUGGUUUUAUUUCAAAGUCAACCGUAUUGUGGAUAAAUAUUACAAGCCUCCUCCUUUUUCUUCUCUCAUAUCUAUCUUUGUAAAAUGUCGGUUUCUGGUAUUCAAGGCCAUCUUCUUGAAGUCACCGUUGUUGGGUGUACUAAAUUGAAGGACACUGAAUGGAUCUCGAGACAAGAUCCUUACGUUUGUGUUGAAUAUGGUAGCAAUAAGUUUCGCACUAGAACCUGCACUGAUGGAGGCAAAAAUCCUACAUUCCAAGAGAAGUUUGUCUUUACACUAAUUGAAGGGUUAAGAGAGAUAGGUGUUGCUGUUUGGAACAGCAAUACCCUAACUUUUGAUGAUUUUAUCGGCAGCGGAAAGAUUCAAUUGCAGAAGGUUCUAUCGCAGGGUUUUGACGAUACAACUUGGCCACUUCAAACUAAAACUGGAAGGUAUGCUGGAGAAGUAAGAUUGAUAAUACACUAUGCAAAUGCCAAUAAAGCAGCAGCAGGCUAUGCUCCUUCAGCACCACUAUAUGGAGCCCCUGCUCCUCAAGUCUCAUAUUACUCUGCACCACCACCAGCACAUGGAGCUCCUUAUGGACAACCAUCGACAGCAUACACAGGUUCAUCUCCUUAUCCAUCAUACCCUCCUAGUUCAGCUUAUCCACCAUCAGCGUAUCCCCCACCACCAGCUGCAACUUAUCCUCCUGCACCGUAUCCUGCUCCUUCAGCAUAUCCUCCACAACCAUAUCCACCUCCACCUCAAGCUUCACCCUACUAUCCUCCAGGCCCGUUUCCUGGAAUCUAUCCUCCACCACCGCACUAAAGUGAUGCUUCAGGAUGUCCAGUGUGAAGAAGCAACAAGUAGAAUGAACUGCUUUGUAAAGAACACUAGGUUUUAGUGAUGCUAGUUUUUCCUCCACCUUAAGGAGUUCUUUAUAUUUCUUGACCAAGUAUUUUCCAUGGAUAUAUCUCACUUUGCAAGAUAAUUUUAUUACUCGUUGUGUGCUUUCUUGGGCUGUUAAUGACCAGCUGUCGCAGCGUGUUUCAGUAAUAUAAAGAGUUCAGUGUCCUUUCAUUCA